AUGGAAGCAACUACCAGACCUUUCUCCACGAUUUCAUCCCGCCACUUCUCUUCCACAAUUCCACUUUCCAAGACUGCGCUUUUGGAAUCCAAGUUUCCCAGAAGAUCCACUUCUUCAUCAUCAUGGACUGGUUCUAUACAUGCUUUGUCCUUUUCCUCUUCGAGGAAUACCUUCACUAGAGAAAUGUGGAGUGUCAUAAAUUCCGCAAAUGCUGCUACUCAGACAAGAAGAGGAAGACAGAUGUUAAUUCGAGCUGAGAUGUUUGGGCAGCUCACCACCGGGCUCGAAUCAGCCUGGAAUAAGCUCAAAGGAGCAGAGGUUUUGACCAAGGAAAAUAUCGCGGAACCAAUGAGAGACAUUAGGAGGGCUCUUUUAGAAGCUGAUGUUAGUCUUCCUGUUGUUAGAAGGUUUGUUCAAGCCGUUAGCGAUCAAGCUGUUGGUACCGGUUUGAUUCGUGGAGUAAAGCCGGAUCAGCAAUUGGUUAAGAUUGUACACGACGAGCUUGUGAAGCUAAUGGGAGGAGAGGUAUCUGAACUAGUUUUUGCAAAGGCUCCACCGACUGUAAUUUUGUUAGCUGGGUUGCAAGGUGUUGGAAAAACAACUGUUAGUGCAAAGUUGGCUUUAUAUCUUAAGAAGCAGGGAAAGAGUUGCAUGCUUAUUGCUGGUGAUGUGUACAGACCAGCUGCAAUUGACCAGCUUGUCAUUUUGGGUGAACAGGUUGGGGUGCCCGUUUAUGCAGCAGGAACUGAAGUAAAACCUGCAGAGAUAGCUCGGCAAGGUUUGGCAGAGGCCAAAAAGAAGAAGGUUGACGUUGUUAUAAUGGAUACAGCUGGAAGGCUUCAGAUAGAUAAAGCAAUGAUGGAUGAAUUAAAAGAGGUGAAACAAGUUUUGAAACCCACAGAAGUCUUGCUGGUUGUAGAUGCAAUGACAGGCCAAGAAGCUGCAUCUUUGGUAACAACCUUCAAUCUUGAAAUUGGAAUCACGGGUGCCAUAUUGACAAAGCUGGAUGGAGAUUCCAGAGGUGGAGCCGCUUUGAGUGUGAAAGAGGUAUCUGGAAAGCCAAUUAAACUAGUAGGACGAGGGGAAAGAAUGGAGGAUCUUGAACCUUUCUAUCCUGACCGUAUGGCUGGACGUGUCUUAGGCAUGGGUGACGUUCUUUCAUUUGUGGAGAAGGCUCAAGAAGUAAUGCGACAAGAGGAUGCUGAAGAAUUGCAGAAGAAGAUCAUGAGUGCAAAAUUUGAUUUUAAUGACUUCUUGAAACAAACCCGCGCUGUGGCUCAGAUGGGUUCCAUGUCUCGUGUGAUUGGAAUGAUUCCUGGCAUGGGUAAGGUAACACCAGCACAAAUCCGAGAAGCAGAGAAAAGGGUGAAGAUCAUGGAGGCAAUGAUUGAAGCAAUGACCCCAGAGGAAAGGGAAAAACCUGAACUAUUGGCAGAAUCACCCGUCAGGAGGAAAAGAGUUGCCCAAGAAUCUGGCAAGACAGAGCAGCAAGUGAAUGAACUUGUCGCACAACUGUUCCAAAUGCGUGUACGUAUGAAGAAUCUGAUGGGAGUCAUGGAAGGUGGAUCUCUGCCUGCUUUGAGCAAUCUUGAGGAGGCAAUGAAAGCUGAACAGAAGGCACCUCCUGGUACUGCUCGGAGAAAGAAGAGAGCAGAGUCAAGAAAACAGUUCGCAGACUCAGGUUCAUCAAGACCUAGCCCACGAGGGUUUGGAUCCAAGAACUGA